CUGACGUCUAUGUUGAUAGAUACGCCUUAUCAAGAGUAUAAAUAAAACGUUAUUUUAAAUAUGAACGCAUUAUCAAGAACACUUUUCACAAUGGAUUUACAACUGACAAGCGCAAUCAUUUUAACGUUAUUAUGUGUAACAACUAUAAAAGCACAAGUGCAAUGUCCAACCAAAUGGAACCAAUACGCGACUGAUCAAAAACGGACCACGUGUCUUUGGCUCAGCCAGCAGGAGAAGGCUUCGUGGAUAAAUGCUCAUGCCUUCUGUCACCUGAUGGGGUCAUCCUUGGUAGAUGUUUCUGACUUUUAUAUGAAUGUACGACUGGCCAAUCUGAUCACUCAAUUCGGAGUUACAGGUAAAUAUUGGAUAAACGCCAAUGAUGUCGAAGAUGACGGGAUAUUCAAGUCGACAGUGUCCGGCAAGGGGCUGACGUACAAUAACUUUUUCGGAGGGCAGACGAUCUUAGAUCCCGCUAAGAACUGCGUUAGCAUCGAUCAGAAAGGACUAUGGACCAUUGAUGCUUGCAAAACUGAGAACCACUUCAUUUGCCAGAAAAAGCCAUAGUUGCUUACGACAUUUACAGGGACAUAUAUCACAUGUACUUGUAUUGUAUUAGCACAGACAAAUAAAUAACACUUCAACAUGAAAAUACGUUCAAACAUUGAUUUAAUUUACAGCUUAGAAAUUGGUUGACAUGUGCACGUUUUGAAAACAGGCAUGACAAGUAUUGAGAUCGAACAAUUUUCGGAAUUGAUAAGUCCUCCAUUUUUAAACACAGUAUUCAAUUAAAAAUACAGGAAACACCCGGUAGCCAAACUAUUUUGAAGACCCUGAUUUAGGGCACAAAGAUAAUGCACAACAGUCACUUACACGACAGAACCACACAUACAUCAACAUGUAUGUAUUACCAAUAGUGCAUAACAUUUGUUUAAAGACCUCUUGCACUUAUUUCAUAUUCACUACAAAAGAAGUGAUUGACGUUAAUCAAAUUUAAAAGUCGAGGGGUGAAAGCGAAAAGGUUCUAUCUGCUUCUUUAUUUAAUGUCACUUAGAACCUUUUCGCAUUCACCCCUCGAAGUUAACGUUGAUAAUAAACACAGCAACCAGUGCGAAAAUGGAAUUAGAAAGUUCCUUAAAAUUUCAUUUAGUUAAAAAUAAUAAUUGCAAUGUCGUUCAUGUAGUUUUAUUUGGUUUAGUUUCGUUUAAGUCGAAAUUACAUUAAGUGUAAAUAAAUCUGACUUCGAGAUAAACAGAAUUUAAUAAGAUUUCUGUCUUAUAUAUAAUACACAGGAUUUAUUUUAAUUAACGAUUUUUGUCAAAUCGGAACGUGUUCGUUUUAAUCUGGAAUGCAUUGAAAAAAUGCCACCUCAGAUUUUAUGUAUUUAUUAAUUGUUCUGUCGAACGUUUUUACCUUAAUCUUCAAAUGUUAUCAAUAAUGUCCUAUGGGGCAAACUACAACAAUUCAGAAGUGCCUACUCAUCGUUGCAUGCCUUUAUUUCCUUUGAUUAUCACAUGACAGUAUAUCACAGCAUGGUUAUACCAUCUCAGACUAUUGGCUACUUUCCAUAUUUAUUGGUUUUGAAGCUUAUGCAGUGCUUGAAUUCAUCAAAGUAUGUGACUCAAUACGACGUGACGCCCAAUGACCAGUCUGGCGUUUUGAAUUGUUAUGAUUCGCAAUAAAAAAUCUUAAAUAGCUUGAAAAAGAUUAAAAUAUCAUUUUGUUUAUGUUUAAACAUUAUACAAAGUAUAAAAAGAAACAAAUGCCUGGUUGUUUUGAAAAUAAAAACAGAAUAUUUAAUAAAGUAUAUUAAUUAUA